AUGAACUUGAAGAUCAUCAAGGCUUCGAUCGGCUGUGAGGUCCAUGUACCUAGACAGGACGGAGGCAAGGCGAAGGAGAAGGAUGGAAAGGGUAAGGGCAAGAAAGGCAAGAUGAAAGAUUCAGAUGGCAACAAGAUUGGUCGAGGCAUAGGCGAUGGAAGUACCAAGCUGAAGGAUGACCAGUUCUGCACAAUCACGGUGACAGCUGACACCGCCCUAAAGGCCAAUGGCGGUAAGCGUUGCAUCGAGAUCAUGCUUGGCUACGGACGAAACGUUGAGCGUGCGCUUGCUGACUUGGGCGUUGAGACAAAGUUGCCAAGCCUGGAGGAAAUGACCGGGGUCAAGACCAAGAAGAAG